AGAUUACUUCUUCACUUCAUGUUCAAUACUUUUCCUUAGUUUAACAAAAUUGAAGGAUUGUCAAUCGACCUUCAACUAAAUUAGUUUUAUUUAUUCUGUUGUGUAUGUGAAUGUGUCAAUUAAAAUAAGUGAGGUAAAUAAAUAUUGUAAUAAGUGACCGGUAACUUAUCAUACAUCAAGAGGUUAUUUAAUAUUAGCUGUCUCAUAAUAAGAUAACAGGAAACAAUAUGGCUGAAAAGCAAAAAACCUUUUCGUUAAUACCGAAAAUCGUUAACGGUGGUAUUGCUGGUAUAAUCGGUGUCACUUGUGUUUUUCCACUAGAUCUGGUAAAAACUCGUUUGCAAAAUCAACAAAUAGGUCCGAAUGGCGAGAGGAUGUAUAAUAGCAUGAUUGACGCGUUUAAGAAAACAUAUAGGAAUGAAGGAUUUUUAGGAAUGUAUAGAGGAUCGGCGGUCAAUAUAUUGUUAAUAACACCGGAAAAAGCAAUAAAAUUGGCGGCCAACGAUUUUUUUAGAUUUAAUUUACAAACAAAAGAGAAGACGCUUCCAUUAUUUAGGCAAAUGAUAGCUGGAGGUUUAGCCGGACUUUGCCAAAUAGUGAUAACCACUCCCAUGGAAUUGUUGAAAAUUCAAAUGCAAGACGCGGGUAGAGUUGCCGCUCAAGCUCUUUUAGCAGGUAAAACCGUUAAAAAAACAUCAGCUACCGAAUUGACGUUAGGUUUAUUAAAACAACACGGCAUCAUUGGAUUGUACAAAGGUACCGGUGCUACUAUGUUAAGAGACGUAUCCUUUUCUGUCAUAUAUUUCCCAUUAUUCGCCACUUUGAACGAUUUAGGACCUCGAAAGAGAGACGGCUCCAACGAAGCGGUAUUUUGGUGUUCGUUUUUGGCGGGAUGCGCUGCCGGAAGUUUCGCAGCUCUUGCUGUGAAUCCUUUCGAUGUUGUCAAAACUAGGUUGCAAGCUUUGACCAAGGCGGAAGGAGAAAGGUCGUAUACUGGUAUUGGGAACGCUUUUGUAAAUAUUUUGAAAUACGAAGGGGUUACAGCUUUUUUUAAGGGUGGUGCUUGCCGUAUGAUUGUCAUAGCACCUUUAUUUGGUAUAGCGCAGACCGUUUAUUACCUCGGAGUUGCCGAAUAUCUUUUGGGUUAUCCAAGAGGAUAAAUGGAGUACCAAUCUCACUAGCGAUGAUUUUUUUUUAGCGAUAAGAACAAAUUUUAUUUAUUUUUAUUUAAAAAUUUUUGUGAUUCGUAUAACAUCUUUAAAUCGAUCCCGAAUAUUUUUUUCCACCCCCAAUAUUUGUGAAAAAUAUUAAAUAUUUCGAUUGAUAGGUAAAAAUAAUUUCGAAAUUUUUUUUUUUUUGAUCAAUUUUUAUAUUUUGAUUUUAUUGUUUCGUUUGAUUUAUUUCAUUCGAAUUGUUUUUUUUUUCGAAUGAAAAUUUCAUUGAGACGACAAACUUUUAACUAUUUUAUGUGUAACUGAGAAGCUUUUUUCCAAAAAUCUACUAAAUUUUUGAAAUUUUCGUUUAAAAUUGAUUAAAACGUUGAAUUAUCAUUCCAUUUAUCGUAUUAAUUUUAUUAUAUUACUGUCCAUAACAAGACGCAAUUUCUUUGCUUACAAAAAUAGAAAUGGGGGAAUAUUUUCGGAUUUGAAUAUAGUCCGUUCAUGUAAAACCUCCUCCAAAUAUCUUUUGAAUGCAUUUCGGUUAGUUUUCAAUGGCAAAAUUAUAGUCUGUUCAUUCAAAACCUUCCUGAAUCACUUGAAUCCAUUUCGAAACCUAUUCGUUGACCUUGUCGAAAAGAAAAGUGGAAAAUGAUCUUGAAAAGGGGUGUUUUCUCACAUCUAUUUUCUUAUUAUCAUUAACGAAUGAGUUUGGGUGUGAUUUAUAGGCAAACAUUAUAGUCCGUUCAUACAAACUUCAUGGAAACGCUUAUUGAUUGGUUUUGUUGACAGAUAAUUUUGUUUAAAAUGGUUUUGAACAGAUUUUCCAAUCUAAAUUUUCAAUAAUGAACUCAUUUUAGCACUUUUUAGUUUAAUACGGAUGUAAAAAUCAUUAUAAUAAUCGGUUAUUUUUUUUAUAAAACUUCAUUUGGUAGUAAGCUUCUUAGUUCCUCUUACUUUAUCUCAAAAACUGCGGUAGUAAAUCAAGUUUUUCCAAAAUUAUGAUUUUUAUUAGCAAAUUUGAUAAGUUUUGGAAUCAUAAUUCACUUUUGAACUGCCCAGAUCAGUAUUUUAUCACUUUUAACAAUUUAAAAUACUCAAAUAUGGAAACUACGUCGUAUAAUUUUUUAUUUUAAGCUUAGUAAGUAAAGUUACAAAAUAAUCGGAUUAAUACUCUUCGAAUCUCAUUUUUACUAUAUGUAUAUAUUUUUUCAAACGAUAAAACAGCCGUUUAGUAUCAAUUUCGAAAAUUCGAACAGUCGCAACCCCUUUUUAUUUUAUACUACACAUAUUUUUUUUAAUGUUGUUCAUAAUGAAAAAAAUUAGACAAGAAUCUCAGUAAGGUUUAAGGCAAAAUUUUCACUUGAAGCGAUUUCAAAACUAAUCAAAUGCUUUUCAUUGAGAGAUUUCGAUGUUUUAAUCAAUUAACUACGUGAAAAACUUUUUUGAAAACACUGACAAUAAACUGCAUGCCUAAUAAAAAGAGUUAGAAAUAUUAUUAGAAGAUGAAAAGGCAUUUUGGAAAGUUAAACUGAAAGUACAGGUCCAACUGAAAAAUGAUUUCGUAAUAUAAACGGAUAUAACUGGCGCGGUCAAAAGGAUAUUUACAAGUAUAACUUCAAAAGUAUUCAAGUUAAAUUAGGUACAAUUAUGUCGGUGGGGUUUACCAUAUUUUUCGACAGGUGGCGCUCUGAGUAAAAAUCCGUUCCUGCAGCACCGCAAUAUUUUCGCAGGUCUAGUGAAAUGUAGUUUUUGCUACACUGCAGUCUCGAUAUGUUCCUUUAAUGCCGUAAUAAACGCAGCAGAACCGAUAUAUUAAAUUAAACGUCUCCAGUGCUAGAAUGAAAUCAUUCGGCAACAUCGCAUAACCGAUACAUUCCCAUAUAGCAAAGCAACACUGCAAGUAAUCGAGUUUAUGCGGGUUUAUUUAAAUAUAAAUUUGGUGACAUUGCACACUAACUGGAACAGAUAUUGAUCGCACUAUCAAAUUUUAUUGAGAAAAUUCUAUUGACCGCGCCAUAUUAUAAAUAAUUAAACAUUAUUGUAGGUAAAAAUUUUAUUUUCACAUGUAGAAAAUGAAACGAAUAUUACGAACAGUUUGAAAACUUUCUUCCCUAUCCUAUUAUUCCAAUAUUGUCAAAUAAAUGUGUUGUCAAUUACUUAAAUCGUGAGUAUGCCGUUAUAGAUGUUCAAUAAACGGAAAUAGUUGAUGUU